AUGGAUGACACGGAGCACGACAAUGACUUCCCGGACCUGUCGUCAUUUGACGACGAGUCCUCCGUGAUCUCGACACGAGGCCUCGAGGCGUUCGGCCGCAAGGUCACAACAACAGCCUCGCAGCUAAUGGCUCCACGAUCCGAUCCGUCGUCGAACCCCACCUACCAGAACGCCAUGACGGAGGUGCAUCGACAGCUGCGCCGGCCGGGCCUACAGCGAGCCAUGUUUUCGAUGGCUAACACGACGCCGACGGAUUUGGUGCGCUCGCGGUUGUCGACGAAGGAGAUACAGUCGCGUGCUCUGUCUUACGUACCGGAGGAGUUGCUCAAGAACAUACCCGAAGGCGACAGUUCAUAUUCGUUGUUUCAAGGCUUCCAGGCGAGCUUUCCGGAGCUUACCGACAACGGCAAGAAGCACAGGCGGCGCGUUUCGCGGGGAAGGAAAAUGCUCGACGAAGGCCCCAUAAUCCCUGACGGGACCCCCGAGUCUGUGCGGAAAUUGAAGCAAGAGAAGGCUUCGAUGAUGCAUCAGUUCGAAAUGCUUGGCAUUCGCAAGAACAUGGCGAGCAGCGAGAUUCGCGAGAUUGACGCCAAGAUUGAGAAUUUGGCGGGGAUGCGUCGGAUCAUCUUGGACAGGUUGGCUAAUUUGGAGCAGGACGAGGCGCUGCUUGAGCACGACAUUGUCGAUGUUGAGAGUAGAUUAGAAGAGGCGCAGGAAAUGGUGGAGGAGGCCGAGUCGGUGGCAGUACGAACGCCCGCAAAGUCAGAAGACGAUGCAGCGUCUGAAAAGGGGGACGCACCUGGGUUUAUGUCGCAGUCCGUCUACGAGAAACUUCCUUCUUCGAAGGGUUCAUCCUCCGACAAGAAGAAGCCUCGUAGCAUCCGACGAAAAUCCAUGCCGAUCCUACACGAACACUUCGAACCAGGCAGCAUGAUUCGCUCUAUGCGCGCCCACAAAGAUAACGUCACGGCCCUCGAUUUUGACGCCCCUUUUGGUCUCUUGGUCUCGGCAGCGAUGGAUGAUUCCGUCCGGGUGUGGGACCUCAACGCGGGUCGCUGCAUUGGCAUGCUCGAAGGUCAUACAGCCUCGGUCCGCACGCUCCAGGUUGAAGACAACUUCUUAGCCACGGGUUCCAUGGAUGCGACAAUCCGACUAUGGGACCUCAGCAAGGCGCACUAUGACCCGCAGGGACACCAGUUCGGCAAGGAGGAGGACGACGAAGACGCUAUUGCCUUUGAAAAUCCGGAUGACCAGCCCGUAGACCCGCCCCCCGGCAGCAUGUCCGCAUGUCCCUUGUUCACACUGGAGGCUCAUCUGGACGAGAUCACAGCACUUCAUUUCCGCAGCAACGUGCUUGUUUCUGGUUCUGCGGACAAGACGCUGCGUCAGUGGGAUCUUGAGAAGGGGCGGUGCGUACAGACGCUGGACGUCAUGUGGGCCGCUGCGCAGGCUUCCGCGUUAUCAUCAAGCGAUGGCGGCUGGCGGCAAACUACCCGCGCAGCGGACGGGUCUGCUGAUUUCGUUGGCGCCUUGCAAGUGUUUGAGUCGGCCCUGGCGUGUGGUACGGCGGAUGGCAUGGUCCGUUUGUGGGAUCUGCGUAGCGGCCAGGUGUCCCGCAGCUUGGUCGGCCACACGGGACCUGUGACAUGCCUCCAGUUCGAUGAUGUGCAUUUAGUCACAGGUAGUUUGGACAGGAGCAUUCGGAUAUGGGACCUUCGUACUGGCUCUAUCUAUGAUGCUUAUGCAUACGACAACCCCGUCACAAGUAUGAUGUUCGACACCCGUCGCAUCGUCUCUGCUGCCGGUGAGGAUGUGGUCAAGGUGUACGACAAAGUCGAGGGGCGGCACUGGGACUGUGGCGCCGGCAUCACCGAGGCCGAACAAGAUAAGACGCCUGCCGUCGUGGAGCGUGUGCGUAUCCGUGAUGGGUACAUGGUCGAGGGCCGCCGAGACGGCGUCGUGGGCGUGUGGACUUGUUAA